AUGAAGGAACUCGUUGGUCUACUUUCAUUCAUUUUCGCUUUUUCGCCCAACGUAUCUGCCCAGGAGAGGCAUUUCCCUGUAAACUCUGAGCAAGAGAGUUUACCAGUCGGGAGAGCUACGAGAUCCCUCCUAUUCCCGAACGGCAGACCUGCAGUAAUCGACAUUGCAGUACCAGAAGAGCAACGUUUAUUCGGAAGAGAUCUCAGGGGUGAUUUGGACAAACGGCCGAGUUCAUACGAGCCACAAAGUCUUCAGACUUAUUUGGAUGCAUUCAAACCGCCCCCAUAUCGAAGGAUGGCAGAGAGCGUUGAGGAGUUGAGUUCUGGCGACACUGUUGCUACUAAUGCUUCUUCAGAAGCCCAAAGCCACGACUUCCAGCAGCAACCAACUCGUCGCGCAAUCGGAGAUCCACCUCGUUGUCACUUCGAUGCCGAUAAGUGGGCACUUCAUAUGGAUUCUUCACUUUCCUACGCCGUUAUGUUUGAUCGAAAAACCGGUGGAUCCUGUACGGAUUGCCUGGAAAGGUGUAUAGAACAUCAAGGUGGUGCAUGGACGUGUCGCUCGGUUGUCUACGAUAAUAACUGGAGAAUUUGCGACAUGUUCGCUGUGGCGGGCGUUACCAGCCCAUUCACACUGGUCGAGUAUGAAGGAAGAGACUACUUCGAGUAUCUAGCCGCAAUCCCUCCAUCAGAUGAUGAGCUUACAGAAGCCAGCAAUUUGGCUAUGCAGGAACGGAUAAAUUCUGAAAAGAAGGGAUCCAGGAGCUGUGAAGUAGAACGUAUUGGAAAGACACCAUUGGUGAGGAGGAAAAAAGCAAAUCAAGAUUUAUAUGGAGCGAAACCAAUCCAUGAACAGUUGGAGGCAGAUGAGAAAGAGACGAAGCAGAAGGAUAAGCAACGACGGAAAAAGACGAGUAAACUGCAAAAAGUCGCCAAGGAAGAGGAGCUAGCGACGAUUAUUCCUCCUGUCACAGAUGUCCAAGCAGCUUUCACAGGCGAAAUCUUGGUGGAAUCGAAAACCAUUUCACCAGAGAAAUUUACAACAGUGAUGGAAACAGAAGAGGAUACAUCACUGAGUGAAGGGUCCAGUCAUGGUGAACCGGCGAUAGCAGACACCACAGAGGUCUCCACUGCGGCGGUAAGAGUUAUCAGGAGGAAACCGGCAAAGAAGUUGAACGACAAGACAGUCAAACACACAGAAGCUGUUGGGUCCCGAAUGGAAAGGAAUGAAGGAAUAGUUGGUGGUAGUAGCGGAAAUAAACAAAACAAAGAUUUACGUUUGCAUAAACGAAAAGGAGCUAUCAGAAGAAAGCCGGUUAAUCCAUCCAAAGAAUUCGAUACUGCCGCGCCCUAUGAGAAGCUCUCAACCGAUGUUGCCCGAAUAAAAAUAAAAACCUACCAGCAGAGAAAAGCUGCUGGGGCACUCUCUUCCACGUUACCCCCUCGGAGAGAACGAGUGCGGCUUCAGGGACUGCGCCUGACCGCUGUCAACGAUGAUGAGAGUUCCCGACAGGGAAAAGUUUCCCGGAAAGAAACUGUCAAGAACUGGCAGGAAGGCAGCGAUAAAGGUGCCGUCAAGAGGGUUGAACCACAUUCGUCGAAAGGCAAAGAGACGGGUGAAAGGGCGAAGAAGCAGCCCAAGAGCCGAGGGACUUCGAAGCGACGGGGAUCAAAG